UUGUUUUAUUCAUUUUUCAAAUCUCUGAUCGGUAAAGACGUCGUGGUGGAAUUAAAAAAUGAUCUCAGUAUUUGCGGCACUCUUCAUUCGGUAGAUCAGUAUUUAAAUAUUAAAUUAACUGAUAUCAGUGUCACAGAUCCAGAUAAAUAUCCACACAUGCAAUCAGUAAAAAAUUGUUUCAUCCGAGGAUCUGUCGUCCGAUACGUCCAAUUGCCGCACGAUGAAGUAGACACUCAACUGUUGCAAGACGCAGCCCGAAAAGAGACUGCGGUUCAAACUCGCUAA